AUGGAAGGAGACGAGGCCAAGGCAUCUAACUCUCUGGAUUCUGCAGGAGCCUCAACCUCUGAGCCUCGAGAUGACAAAGACUCGGAGAACCCACACUCCCCUCAAACGACGUCGCGCAGCAGCAACUCCCAGUCGUCCUUCAUCAUGAUGUCCAAAGUAAUUCAACCGCAAGCUUUGAGUGGUUUUGUUUAUAAGACAGAUCCAACCACUCAAAAACCACUUGAGAAUUCAAGGGACAGGGAUAUUGCCCUAGCAAGAGUUGAAUCGGAAAAGAGAUUAGCCUUCAUUAAAGCGUGGGAAGAGAGUGAGAAAACCAAGGCAGAGAACAAGGCAUGUAAGAAGCUCUCUACGGUUAACCUAUGGGAGGAUAGAAAAAAAAUAUCAAUUCAGGCACAGCUCAAAAAGAUUGAGGAAGGAUUGGAAAGAAAGAAGGCAGAACAAUCGGAGAAAAUGAAAAAUAAAGUGGCUGAAAUUCAUCAGUUGGCAGAAGAGAAAAGGGCAGUGAUUGAAGCUCAAAAAUUUGAAGACUAUCUCAACGUGGAAGAAACUGCGGCCAAGUACCGCUCUCGAGGCUUUAAUCCCAGAAAAUUCCAAUUACUCUCUUGCUUCACGGCCUAUUUCUCUUAA